AUGGCCGCAUCGAUGGCAGCCGUCGAUAGUGUAGGUAUAGAAAGCAGCCAUGAACAAAGCAACACAGGCUUGACUUUAGUGCCACCGGAAGUUUCAUCGACCUCGCCUCAGCUCACACUGUCCUCGAACCCCUUACCAGCCAGCUACGGCCAGAACAACCGCAAGAUCGAGGCCACCGGUUUGGCCAUAUGUCCCCAAUCUCAUGAUGACGCCACAAGCCAACAAGUCCUUGAUACUGCUCCACGAACCGGCGUUUCGCUAGCUGCCUCUCUGACUGGGGUCCUCAACCCGCAAGCCCGAAGUACAACCGCAGUUUCGAAGCAUAAGAUCGCCGAAGUCCAGACUUCUGAUACCAACUCAAAGGAUAACAGCGAUUUUCUUGCUCAUAAGCUCGCUGCGCUGUCCAGUUCACAAAUACACGAUACAGAAAUUGAGAAAUCAACUGCUCGCACAUCUUUGAAAUCGCCUUGUUAUUUCCAUCAGCGAUUCGAUGAUGCAGUCAAUAUCGAACGAGUUCUGGAUGAAGUAGUCAGUGAUGAAUGGAUGUCACAUUCCCGGUUGAUGCAGACUGCCACCGGGGUUAGAGAGGUCUCAAAGCAUUUGCAACGAAGGUCCAUUAAGUUAGCCGUCAAGAAUGUCAUGAUUGUCACCAAGGCACGCGAUAACAGCCUAGUAUAUCUUACUCGAGAACUAGCCGAAUGGCUACUGAGCACACCAAGAUACGGCAGCGACCUAGGCGUCAAUGUCUAUGUGGAUGCAAAACUGCGUCUAUCGAAGCGUUUUGAUACUCCCGGAUUACUGGAGAAGAACCCACGAUUUGAACAUAUGCUCAAAUACUGGACCCCAGAUCUCUGCUGGUCACACCCUGAGAAAUUCGACCUGGUCAUCACCCUUGGUGGCGAUGGAACAGUUCUCUUUACUUCCUGGCUUUUCCAGCGCGUCGUUCCCCCAAUCUUGUCAUUCUCUCUGGGAAGCUUAGGCUUCUUGACGAAUUUUGAAUUCUCGAAGUACAAAGAUCAUCUCAACCAAAUAAUGGGAGAUGUAGGAAUGCGAGUAAAUCUUCGCAUGAGAUUUACAUGUACUGUGUAUAGGUCCAACCCGAGGGAUUGGAGCAAGACUACUCCAGCUGAGGAGGUGGAACGAUUUGAGGUUGUCAACGAACUUGUCAUUGACCGCGGCCCGUCUCCUUACGUCUCGAAUCUAGAGGGUUCAACGGCCUACUCACUCUCAGCAGGUGGAUCCCUAAUCCAUCCAUCUAUACCAGCUAUUCUACUGACACCCAUCUGUCCCCACACUCUAUCAUUCCGCCCUAUGGUUCUUUCUGACACACUUCUCCUUCGCGUUGCUGUUCCCCGUCACUCUCGCUCCUCGGCAUAUUGCUCCUUUGAUGGCAAAGGCCGCAUAGAGUUACAACGCGGUGACUAUGUCACUGUAGAAGCCAGCCAAUACCCAUUCCCAACUGUUGUCUCUCAAAGCGGAGAGUGGUUCCAGAGCGUCCGCCGCACUUUACGCUGGAACGUAAGAGGAGCCGUUCAAAAGGGCUGGAAUGGCAGAGAGGACUGUCCUAAUAGUGAAGUUAAUACUUUGGCCCUCAACGCCGAUAGAGCUUUCGACUCUGGACACUAUGAAGAAGACAAUUACGAUGAACAAGAUCCUGAUUGGGAUAUCGAUACCGAUACCAAUGCUGAUUUGGGCCCCGGCGUCGACAGUGGCCUUGGACAGAGUGAAUGUGGUGACUCGCCCAAUACAGGGACGAGUAGCCCUAUUCACAGAGUGAUGAGUUUAUUGAACAUUUGA